AAUAUUACAAAAAAGAUUCGGUAUUAUCGUUCUUGCAAUAUUGUUGGAUCAAUACUGUUAGAGUUGGUCUUAAAAGGUUUCGUAAAGCAGUUUUUACAGGCGUACCUUGCUGAAUUCAUCCUACCUGUCGCUGGUGUCGAUUUGGCGAUCUGCCAUUGGAUUUACAACAACUCUAAAGGAUACGGUGACUUAUUCGCAUACGAGGCGUGCAUAAGAGAUCUCCUGGGUACUGAUCCCAGCUUUGGAAAGAUUAAGAUUUUGCCUAAGGGAACUGCAUGGGUCCGCGAUAACUGGAUGACAAACAGCAAGUGGAGUGACGAACGUGACUUCUUCAUACACAACUGGAAACUGAAGCAAUUACGAACAUACUCCACGAUUCCACUA